GAAGUUGAGCUGAAGUGAGCGAAACUCAAACAGUGAGUAACAGUGAUGGCUACCGGCCGGGUCAUACCGUGGAGGAGCUGCGGCUGUAGAGCUCCACUCAGCCGGAGGACGGAGCCUCCAGCAGCACCCAGAGGAGCCAGUAAGGUCCUGGCGGAGAGGAACCCGGUGGUGGUGUCGGUGGGAGUCUGGCUGGAGGACGGAGAGGAGCUCACCGAGAACCCGACGGCUCUGGCUUUACUAACCGAGGAGAUCCAGGCAGAGAAGAGGAGGGAGACUGAAGAGAGCCUUCGACGAUUUCAAGAUGAAGUACGCCACCGUGUGGCGCAGCAAGCUCAAGUCAGCAAGAAGAGACGGCAGCCUCAGACAGACUCCAUGGAGGUGAAACCUGACGGGAGAAUCCCUCAACAGCAGCAGCGGGUCUGGACCCAGCAUGUGUCUGCUGGUGAGAGGCUGAAGUCUGCAGGAGGUACUGCUGCACAUCAGAGGAGCUCGCUGGAGUCUAAAGGAGGAAUGAGGCAGGUCAGACUCAGACUGGCCGCCUGUCGGAUGAGCCCGCAUGGGGAAAUGACGUCAGACCUUCCCGGAGGCGAAUGGAACGUUUCUCCAACGAGACAUAAAACUGGAACUCACUUGCUGAGAGGAGAGCAGGAGGAGGAAGAGGAAGAAGAAGAAGAGGAGGAGGAAGAGGGGGGUGAUCAUCUCUUCACCAGUCAACAUGAAUGUCCUCUCGUUCAGCAGAAGGAGAGUGGAGCUGUGUCGUGGGAAUCUGACAAAUCACAGCCUGAUCCUGGUUUCAAGUCCGACCUCAAAGUACCGCCGGUCCUGUGGCCUCUGACUGACCAAGAGGAGCUGAAACGACAGCAGCGUCAGUCUCAGUUCCUGAUGCACCGCCGUCUCUACAUGAACAUCGAGAGAGAACAAGUGAAGGAGAACAAAAAGAACAGGAAACACCUGAAGAGGACGGCAAGGAUCAAAGCAGAGAAAGAGCAGCUUCGUCUGGAGGAGGAGAGGAAGUUGGAGGGAGUUCGUCAGCUGGCGGAGGUCAGACAGAAGCUGGAGGAGAGAGAGCUGCUGAUUCUGGAGCGACUGAAGCUGGAGGAGGAGGAGGGGAGAGCUGAGCAGCUGCAGAGGAGGAAGAGAGAGGAGAAAGGGAAAGUAGCUGCAAGGUUCAUUGAGGCUCUGAGAGCUCAGAUGAAGGAGCGACUGUCUCAGGAGAAGCUGGAGCCUCCUCCUCUCUGCUGCUGCGCCUCCUCUUUCUGGGACUCCCACCCCGACACCUGCGCCAACAACUGUGUCUUCCACAACAAUCCCAAAGCGUACGCCAAGGCGUUACAUUCAACCAUGUCGAGUUUGGAGUUACAGUAAAGGUGAACUGAAACAGACUCCUCGCUGUCAGGGACGUGUUUAUACGGACUGAAAUAUCUCGACAAAUAUCAGAUGGAUUUCUGUGACAUCUCAUCCAGACAUUCAUGUUUUCUACAAGAUAAAUCCAACUGACUUUGGUGAUUCCAGACUUUUCAUCUAGUUUCACCACGAGACCCAAAAUCUCAACAUCUAGCUGAUGGAUUGGCGCAAAAUUUUGUACGGACAUUGAUGACUCCAAGAUGAUGUAUCCUAAAGACUUUGGUGAUCCCGAACUUUGCUUCUAGCGUCGUCUUCAGGUCAAAAUUUCACUUUUACUGUAAGAAUCAAUCAUUAAUUUAAAGAUAAAUGCAGCUGUAUUUACUGACAUUGUGCUUUAACUUCAUUAAUUUUUUUAUUUAAACGCGUCUACUGGUUGGAGACUGAUUAAUUAAAAUUGUUUAUAUACAA